GAUUUAAACAACCUUUUUAUCCAAAAUUAAUUAAAGCUCCUUAAAUAUCUUGCAUCAUUUUCGUUAUUUUCAAAGUGUCUUUUCCAUAUUCUUGAAAAGAAAAAUUUUUUUUCUUUUGCUUUUGCAAAAAUCAUUUUUCACUUAAACCAAUGAGUAGCCAUGGUGUGGCUCACAAGAGGAGAGGGCCUUUGCCAAUAUGUUCAAAGGGAAAUCAUAUUUUUGUACCCUUUGGCCUUUGCUUUCUCUCUGUCAAUAAAAUUCCAUACUAUUUCACGUGCAAUUAUGCUGUAUAUUUUAUGUUUUUUUGUUCAUCAAAUGCCUUUAAAAAGCUCACUUCUCCACCCCAAAGUUGAACUCCCCAAGGCAAAUUGUAUCCCAAUUUUUGUGUUUUUGGGUUUCUUUAGUUUUGAGAAAGGAAGAAACAGAGUGAAAAGAGGAAAAGAAUGGCACUAGAAGCUGUGGUUUUUCAGCAAGACUUGUUUGGUUACAACAGCAAAGAUCUCUACAGCUUGUUAGGGGGGAAUUGGAGCUAUGAUUUUGGCUUGGAAAGAGAAGAUUUUCCUGAUCACAACCAUACAUCUGAUUUGACUAAUAAUAAUUUUGUUCAUGGAGAUUGGGCUUCUUCUUCACCAACUUCAAUGGUUCCACCUCAUUUCAGUGAUCAUCAGCUACACCACCUAAAUUUGUCGUCUGAUGCUGCUAAUGCUAAUGGAUCAUCCUCCUGUGACCCUUCAGCUUUGGAUACUUCAACAACUACUUCCACUCGUCCCAAGAGACGUCGAUCCAAGAGUCGAAAGAACAAGGAGGAGAUCGAGAAUCAAAGAAUGACUCACAUUGCUGUGGAGCGCAAUAGGAGAAAGCAAAUGAAUGAAUAUCUUUCUGUUAUUCGAUCUCUAAUGCCUGAAUCUUAUGUUCAGAGGGGUGAUCAAGCAUCGAUUAUAGGAGGUGCCAUAAAUUUUGUAAAGGAGCUUGAGCACCGUCUGCAAUUUCUAAGUGCUCAGAAAGAGGUAAAAGAAAGAUCAGAUAUUGGUGGUAGCAGCUGCUCAUCUUCACCUUUUGCUGAAUUCUUCACAUUCCCGCAGUACUCAACUAGUCUAACUUGGGAUGAUAAUUCAAUCUCCAUGAAUGAUCAGCCAAUGGUUGAGACUCAAUCUGCCAUGGCUGACAUAGAAGUUACCAUGGUGGAUAGCCAUGCAAACCUCAAAAUAAGGUCGAAAAGGAGACCGGCACAGCUCUUGAAAGUGGUUUCAGGGUUGAAUACUAUGCGGCUCAGCAUCCUCCAUCUCAAUGUCACAACAGUCGAUCAAACUGUCCUCUAUUCUCUCAGUGUCAAGGUAGAAGAUGACUGUAACCUGACUUCAGUGAAUGACAUAGCCUCAGCAGUGAAUCAAUUGCUAGGUAGGAUUCAAGAAGAUGCUAUGUUGAAUUGAAAAUUUCUAUGAUUUUCAGUUUUUCACCCCCCACUGUAAUUUGUUUCUCUUCACUUUUCACCUUCAUAUACCUUAUAUGAAGGACUUUUCUUUCAGUUCCUUUUCCUCAGGUUGUUCCUGAAAUUGCCUAUUGCCACUGAUGUCCCUCUCCAAUUUCAUUCCAGUGUACUUUGUUUUAGGCCACUCUACCCUUCUGGAAAUGAACAAAAACUUCUCUGUUUCUUUCCCCAGAAUCAGAAUUUUC